UACCUCGACUUCCGCUUCCGGGCCCCGCUCGGUAGUGUCGCGGAAAGAGGCGGGCAUCGAAGCUGGCGGCCCGUUUCUCCGCGUCGGAGGUCUGGAGGAGCCCGGCGGCCCCCGUGCGGGCGAGGGAGCCGCCCUCGCCGAGGAUGACCCCCACUCUCAAUUUCCCAGGUCUUUAGCGAAAGCCGGGGGGCGUCACAUCUGUGGAUGACCAGCCUCUGUCUCCCUGAGCCAUGGCCUACCAGCUGUAUAGAAAUACCACCUUGGGUAACAGCCUUCAGGAGAGCCUGGAUGAGCUCAUUCAGUCUCAGCAGAUUACACCUCAGCUCGCUCUCCAAGUCCUCCUACAAUUCGACAAAGCUAUCAACGCUGCACUAGCCCAGCGAGUCAGAAACAGAGUCAAUUUCAGGGGCUCUCUGAAUACGUACAGGUUUUGCGACAACGUUUGGACCUUCGUGCUGAAUGACGUGGAAUUCAGGGAGGUCACCGAGGUGGUGAAAGUGGACAAAGUCAAAAUCGUGGCCUGCGAUGGGAAGAAUACAGGUUCCAAUGCUGCGGAGUGAAGGGGGAUCGGGGCCUCCGAGCCCACGUGGACUGGAUGGGCAGGGCUUCCGGGGGAGCGGCCUGGACCAAGGAAGACUCCGCCAGGAGCCAUUUUAAUCACGCAGGCAAGGCUCACCUUUUCUGGAAGGCCUUGUGGAAGGAACUGUCUUGGCAGCGAGGUCCCAUAAGGCACCUCCGGGCAUCGGCCCCGUGACGGGGAUAAGCAAGCUUGCCCUUUUUUUUAAAAAAAAAACCCGAAAACCAGAGGAUCA